UUAUACUGUUCUUUAGGUAUGAAUAAGAUGGGUAUUAAUCAUUUAGACAAGCUCUUUGUUACCAAUGAUGCCGCUACUAUUGUCAAUGAGCUUGAGGUUCAGCAUCCGGCGGGCAAGAUUUUAGUUUUAGCGGGUAAGGCUCGGCAAGAGGAAAUUGGCGAUGGGGCUAAUUUGACAGUUUCGUUUGCCGGAGGGCUUCUCCAAAAUGCCGAGGAGCUUAUUCGGACUGGCUUGCAUCCGAGUGAGAUAAUCAGUGGAUAUACUAAAGCAAUUACCAAGGCAGCUGAGGUCUUGAAGGAACUUAUGGAGAAAGGUUCCGAAAAUAUGGAUGUUCGGGACAAAGAGCAAGUUGUUACUCGAAUGAAAGCUGCUGUUGCUAGCAAACAAUAUGGACAGGAAGAUAUAUUAUCUUCCCUUAUAGCCGAUGCAUGCAUCCAAGUCUGUCCCAAGAACCCUGCUAACUUUGAUGUUGAUAAUGUCCGUGUCAUAAAGCUUGUUGGAGGAGGUUUGCAUAAUUGUCUGGUAAUUCGGGGAAUGGUUUUAAAAGGUGAUGCUGUGGGAAGUGUAAAACCUUUUUGGUCAGGCAAUGUGCAGGGACAUUUGUAUAGUACCUGGGGCUGCAGCUACCGAAAUCGAGUUGGCAAGAAGACUGAAGGAGUUCUCGUUCAAGGAAACAGGGUAAUCUAUUUUUUUAACCCGUCUGCUCUUGCCUGUUGCAAAGUGCCAUUCUUCAUGCAAUAUUUCAUCUUUGACCUGCAUGGUAUGGUGUGCAUGAAUGACAUGAAAAUAUUUGUGGCUUCAUGGCAUUCUUCCUCUGAACCGCUGUCUUCAGACAUGGUGCUGACAAUGUGUCAUUUAAAGCAGCUUCUGCAUUGUUUUAACUUGUUUAUAUCUUGCAUUUUUCACGUGCAUUUUGAUAGCUCUGCCGGAAAUCUCCUUCGAGUUUUGAAAUUUAUUGUAGAUUGA